AUGCCAGCUCCACUCGCUAAGGCCACCUCCAGAGGUAACGCCUCCAUCCACAGUCAUCCCACCGGUCCUACUCAAAAAACUUCGCUCCCAACCGCUGCCUCCACAUCACAGCUUCAGCCAGUCCCAUCGUGGCCCAGAGCUGGAACAUCGCAACAGGAUGAGCAAGCAUCCACAAAAGCCAGCCUGAAAGCUUGGUGGGCCUCCUUCACCAAAGGGCGUGGCAACAAGGAAAAGAAGCAAAACGAGAAUCGCGUCUUCGGCGCGCCGCUCCGACAAUCGCUCAAGUACGCCAGUGUCGCCAUCUCGGUCGCAGGCAACGACGGCCAACAGUAUGUUUGGGGCUACGUGCCCGUCGUUGUCGCCAAGGUGGGUCUUUAUCUCAAGGAGACCGCUACCGAGGUUGAAGGCGUUUUCCGUAUUGCUGGAUCUCAAAAGAGGAUGAAGGAGCUGCAGGAGACCUUUGACAGUCCACCUCGCUAUGGCAAAUCCGUCGAUUGGACCAAGUACAGCGUGCACGAUGCUGCCAGCGUCUUGCGCAGGUACUUCAACCACAUGCCUGAACCUAUCGUCCCUCACGACCUCUACACCGAGUUCCGAAACAUCCGUGCCAAAGAGCCUUUCGACGAAGAGGGUGCCAUCAGAACCUAUCGCCUUCUGAUCUCCAGCAUGCCAUCUGCCAGCCAGUAUCUGCUGCUCUACGUACUCGAUCUCUUGGCCGUCUUUGCUCGGAAAUCCGACAAGAACUUGAUGCCUUCGAGCAACCUCGCCGUCAUCUUCCAGCCGGGCAUGUUCUCCCAUCCCUCCCACGAGCUUUCGCCUGGCGAGCACAAGUUGGCAGUUCAGGUGCUCGAGUUCCUCAUUGACCACCAAGACAAUUUUGUGCUCGGCAUGUCUCCACAGCCUGCCUCGCAGCUACCCCCUGAAGAGCUCACUGCCGUCUCGAAGCCUGUGACGGAUGAAGAUGUACUGGUGCCAUCAGACAGCGACGAGGAUCAGGGCGAAUUGCAGGUGCACCAAGGCGGAGGUGCUCGUCUGUUGCGCAGCAAGACUACUAAGCCGAAAACCAAGAGACACGCACUUGGUCGUCCUCGUCGCGCCGACGACGAUGGUAAUGUCAGUGAUGUGGGCGAGCUUUCCGCGCACGCUUCGGGUACAUCUGGCAAGAGCCUUACGAACGAAGGUGCUUUGGCUGAAGCUGGCCAGCAGAAGCCUGCUAUGGGUCUGCGACGUAGCCGUACAGCACCUUCUCACAAGCCUGUUGAGGGUGCUUCGCUGAUCCGCAAGGGUCGCCGUCCUCGCGCUUCGGCAGGCGACAAGCGCGCAGCAGAGGAAGAGCACCGCAGGAUCGUUCAGGCGCUCAUACCACCACCGCCGGAGCCCAAGUCGCACUCGAUGCAGAAGGCUGCUUCCAGCACAGGUCACAGUCAAACUGCUGCCGCAAGGCCAUCCACCGACACAAGUCUAGCUCCUUCGUCUACACAGAUGCGCAAGGCGCUCUCCGCGACAGAUGCCCCUGCAGCACCUCGAUCGAUUGCCAGCGUCACCUCCCGUCCAUCUGCAGACCACAACACUACGGGUCUUCCUACUCCUCCACCCUCCAAAAUCCUCGGACCACAGGGAUCUGGCUCAACCAAAGGGGAGGUCUCCAAGUAG